UUCUCUCCCGCAUUUCUCCGUCUGUUUUGUUUUCAAACGUCCAAAGCUCCAGAACUCGAGUCGCUUUCCGCUCCUCUAUUUUCCUCGCCGAGCUAGGGCAAUAUUUACGCAAGUGCUUUUCCAUCGCGUCGCGGCUUUUCCUCAUAGUUUGUUUACAUUUAACGAUCGACUGUCUCUGUGUGUGUAAGGUGUUUGAAUCGGAUCUGCAAUCUGUAUUUGUGGUGGUUAGCCGGUGGCUAAAGUUCGCGUUUUAAGUUUUGCGUUUUGUUUUGCUUUGAGCUCAAAGACAACCUGCGUUUUCAAUUGAAAGCGACACAUUUUCAUAUUUGCUUAUUUGCUGGACAGAUAACAUAUGGACAAGCCCGGUGAACUCUAAUAUUAUUAUCUGUUUUAGAAGACUUCUCAAUUCAUAUAACUGUCCCCCCCAAGAAGCUGGCAAAGUGGAGCCUCUGAGCGAGAGAGCACGGCGUGGGAGAGAGAGAGAACGGAGCGCCAGCCACUGCACUUCGGCAGCAUUCGGCGGCGUUCGGCAAUCGCCCGAACGCCAGAAUCUCGUUUUCCGCACAUUUUCCGUUCGUGAGCCCCGUAUGCCAUAGCAAUCUUUUUUCGUCGCUCGGUUCGGUCGGUUCGGUUCGCGGUCGCUCUGAAGGGAGAGUGAGUACUCGUGGAGUAUCGAGUACCAAGUACUGAGUAGUGAGUGAUUUCGGGUAUUAGAGUGCCUGCGCGCAGGCGUCGCGGCUGCUGGGAUAAAAAGUUAUUGCUAAUUGCCAGAGGGCUGCCAAAGUUCGUUGGAAAAAGUUAAUGCCCGCAAAGAAAAAAAGUCCAAAGCCGAAAUACAAGUGUGCAAAAAUCCAAAUGUGGCCAACUCCAAAGGCAAAACAACAAGAAUAAAACACACUCUGCGAAUACGACGGGUUUCGUUCUUAUCGCGCUUUUGUAUUUACCUUUUUUUUCUGCUCAGUGCUUGACCAUUAAAAAAGAACACAGAGAUCCUUAAGCCCCCAACUUGGCGUUAUUUUUAGACGAUAAAAGAGUCUGGGAAAGCCAAGAGGCCGUGUGGAAUCGGGGAAUCGAGGAAUCGAGGAAUCGAGGAGCCCAGAGCCAGCGGAGACCAGCAAGAAAAAAGCAGCCAAAACGACUGAAACUGCCACGAAAUGGGCACCAAGUCACCCGGUGGUCCACAGCGCUGCCGUCUGAUCUUGCAGCGUUGCCUGGCCAUUCAGCUGACCAAGCCCGGCCACACGCCCGAGGACUUUUGGAUGUACGACUCGGGAUAUAUGAUAUUUCAGAACUUCCUGGCCGCCAACGCACAAUGCUGGUGGAAUGGACCAUUGACGGCAGCCACGCGAGCUCUGAAGUAUGCCGGACACGUGGCGCCUGGAAUGCUCCUGGUCACCGCUGAACCCUGUGCCCUGGAGGUCCUCCGUGGAGCCUUCGCCCGGAGUGUCCUGAAGCCGCCGGCCACCUAUGUGAUCAGCUCAGUGGGUGACAUUGACGAUUGCAUUGUGACGCCAACGGUCCAGGGGCAGUUCACCCCGCUGCCUGAGGCUCUGUGUGACGUGAUCAUGGACCUCACCGCCGAGGGUCAGUCGGCCACCAUUGAGCAUGUGCGCGGCAAGCUGGGCGCCCGCUUUCCGCACAUGACCACGCCAGCCACUGAAGUUAUCUACGACACCCUCGCCCAGCUGAUGCAGGAGCAGAAGAUCUACCAGACCUCCAAGGGAUACUUUAUCUUCACGCCAGAACGACGACGUAGUCGAUCGAGGCCACGCAGCAAUCACCACCAGCUGAACGGUAGCCUGGCCUAUGGCCAGUUGGCGGAGGAGGAGCAGCAGCACAGCGAGGACGUGGUGCCACAGGAGGCCCGCACUAUGCUCAUGUCCAAUUCCGAGGCGCUGCACUCGCUCUACGGCGAGAUCUCGACGGAGCGGGACGGCGACCUCACCCACCAGUGCAUACAAACGAACCUGGCGGAUGUGAUCUGCGGCGGCAAUCCCAAUGACAAGAUCAUCUAUCCAAGGGCAGCGAAGCGACGCAGUGCCUCGUUUCCCACGCCGCGCAGCUUAGAGCGGCGGCACAGUUUGCGGCUCUUUGGCUCGUCGAAGCGCCUGCAACGCUGCGCCUCCACUCGCAGUUUGUCCAAGACCUACGCCCAGACGCUCAACACCACGGACAGCAGCAGUUCGGAAUACCAAAGCACAGAUUCGUCAUCACCCAAAAAAGGAUCUUUGCUCUCACGCCUGUUCCGACGCAGCGGUCGAGCCAAGCAGCGCCAGAUUGAGACCUACUCGGCCCAGUUCCCGCCAGCGGAAUGGUUCAACACCAGAGCCGUUCACCUGCACAGCGUGGGCACACAGACGGCGGAGCACGACAUGCCCGUGGCCCAUACGCUGUCCAACUCGACGUUCUACGACGGCUCCGAGCUGAGCCAGCGCUCGUCCACACUGCCCCGUCGCCAUCGCCGCCACAUGUCCAGCGAGUCGACGUUUCUGAUUUCCUCCAGGGACUGUUCGCCCAUCCGCCGCCGCUCACCGGUCUACUGCAGCAGCUCGCUACCUCGCUCCACGCAGUCGAUUCCGGCCACGACGGCGGCCAAAGCGAAUCACUCGUCUCGCCUCAGCCAUGGCCACGGAUCGGUGACGCCCACGCCGCCAAAGACGGCCCAAAAGUCGGUGAUUGGGAAGCACAUUUUCGAGAGCUCACCGUCGCGAUCCGCCACGCUGAAAGCGACUGCGGCCAAGCGCCAAACGGACGCGCUGAUCAUCAACAGCUGUCUGGACAACAAGGCCACCUACCGGAGCCUGCAGAGCAGCGGUCCCUCCAGCUUGGAGUCCUGCAGGACCACCUCGAUGCUUGCCAGCGGCCCCUCGAGCAUCGACAGCGGCAAAGUGUCCUUCAGCCAGAAGACCAGCGGCCACUCUAGUCUGGACUCGCAGUGCUCCACCAACACGGCGGUGGUGGCCCCCUCAACGAGUAGUGGUGUUGGCAGCUCCCGCUCGAUCCUCCUCCUGAAUGGUUCUCCACGUGGAACGCCACGGCAUCAGGCAAUGCGGGCACGCGUUGCAGAGGCACAGGCCCAAAGACAAAGGGCCAGCACACCCAGUCGCAUUCUGGAGGAGAUGAGCUAUCCCACUGGCGGCAACAGCGUGGGAGUGCCCACCUCCAGCAGCAACAACUCGAUCACCCUGCAGGUGACCACCUCGAAUGGCAACCAGAGCAUCCCCAGCACCAAGAUCUUUGUGCAGAACUCGCCAGUUCGGAGCGUGAUCACGCUGGAGAAUGGCAAGAUGCUGGAGAACUCCAAUGUGUUCAUCAUCAACAACGAGACGAUGACGAACGAGCGGGGCGAGAUCAUCAAGAAGACUCUCUCCAAACAGACUUCGUCUGCGGCGACUCCAGCGGCGGCCACUUCCACGCCCGUCAAGCCCCAGGACACGCUUUCGGAGACAAUUCUCAGCGAAACGGAGGCCAACUCCGAGACCUGUGACUCCAUCUCUUUUAUCAGCGAAAGCUCGCCGGAGAACACGUGUCCCGUGGAUGUGGAGACGCCGAUUUACGAUGGGGGAAAGUACGCCAAGAACACUAAUAACGAUGCCACCAUGAACAACAGCCGGAAGCUGUGCCUCCAGCUGGCCAAUGGCAUUGCCUACAAGAACAACGUGCUGAAGAACGAGUCCCAGCCGAACUCCCCGAGUGCGGAUCAACCGUUGAAGCUGGCGGCGCUGGCCAAACAGGAUUUUGAGAUCGCUGGAUCGGUGGGCAAUCUCCACUUUUACGAGAAGAACUCCAAGGACCUGGCUGCAUCGCAAAGCAACAACAAGAUGAUGAACAGCAGCACCGACCUCAAGAAUCUCUGCUACGAGAACCUUUGCUCCAUGAACGGGGAGGAACUGGCGCUGGCGCACCUGCUCCACAAGUCACGGAGCAACCCCCUGGGCAGUGAGCCCAAUCUAGCCCUAAAGGACUUGGCCACUGACAAGUCCAUAGACAAGGAGGCCAUCGAUCGGCGCCUUAGCUUGACCAAGGAGUCCUUGGAGCAGGGCAUGGGCAAUGUACUGUCCAACGGCGGCGAGGAGCUGUACAACUUUCCCAGUCUGACCGACUUGUCCUUCAAUUUCACGUCCCUGGCGGCCAGGAAGAUCCUGCAGGGUGUGAGCCUCAACAGCAUCGACACUUUGGUGGAGCUCAACAUGGCAGCAGCGGCGGCGGCGGCAGCAGCAGCGGCGGCCAACAGUGCCCAGGAGAAGCAGCAAAAUAACCAGCCGGCGGCGCCAACAGCCUCCGUUUGCACCGACUUUGGCAUGGUCUAAAGGCAACAACGCCUCCGCCCCACAGGGAUCCGAGCACUGUGGGCAACGGAGCAGCGCCAGCCUCUUAGUUUAAUCGAACGAAAUCGUAGGGUCUAGGAUAGGAGAGGGAUGCCCGCUCUCUCUCCGGCAUUUGGCAAGCAAGCUUCUUGUGUAAUUUAUUGCGAUUUGAUUUCCCCACUUGGACGAUAGCAGCAAUUUGUAUGUAUUUGAGUUAGGGUUUUUUUUUUGUAUCGGAAGCAACUUUUAUUUACAGUGCCAAAAUACGUUUAGUUUAAUUUUAAUGCUUAUUACAUCUUACUUCAUAUUUCGUAUGCCAGUUCGUAUUUUGCCUUGCAGCCCCCCACCAGAGAGACACCGCCAAGCGGGAGUCUGGGGAAAGCAAGCCGAUCUAUGUUAAAGUCCACCACAAAUACCCCCUUACUUUUGUGUGUACAUUAUUCAAAAUAAUUGUUUAUACUAACUAACCACGCCCAAAAUGCAAUCCUAUCUAAUGCAGAGACACGACAUGUACUACGAACAUAGAAUUUAGCACUUUGAACAGAACUACAAUAAUUUUGUACAAGGCCUUAAUUAGUAAAGUCAGCAAUAAUACAAAAUAAGUUGAAUUACUAAUAAAAACAAUAUAAACGA